ACUAGGUGGCGGCAGCGGCGGGAUCGGUCUCAGCAGCGCAGAAAUGAACGCCAUUAACUAGAAGGGGUGCUAAUUCUGAAUGAUGUUACUUCUUAUUGACCACAUUGACCGCAAGCCGAGAAUUACCGCCCAUCCGUCAGAAAAGUGUGAAUCGCUCUGAUUGAGCAGCUCUGCCAUGUCGGCGCGAAGCCAUGGGCGAUGGUUCCAUCCCAACCUGUCAGGCCUUGAAGCGGAGCAGAUCCUCCUGGACCAAGGCUGUGAUGGGAGCUUCCUCGCACGGCCCAGCAAGUCCAAGAAAGGAGACUUUACACUCUCUGUCAGGAGGAAUGGUGUGGUCACCCACAUAAAGAUUCGCAACACGGGUGACUACUAUGACCUGUAUGGUGGUGAGAACUUUGCCACCUUGGCUGAACUGGUCCAGUACUACAUGGAGAACCAGGACCAACUCAAGGAACGCAAUGGCGAAAUAAUUGAGCUCAAGUACCCUCUCAUCUGUGCUGACCCAACCACUGAGAGAUGGUUUCAUGGCCCACUAGUGGCCAAGGAAGCCGAGAAGCUCCUUCUGGAGAAAGGCAAAAAUGGCAGCUUCUUGGUUCGUGAGAGUCGGAGCAAGCCAGGUGACUACGUUCUGUCUGUGCGUACCGAGGACAAGGUGACGCACUUCAUUGUCCGCUGCCAGGAAGGGAAAUUUGAUGCCUGUGGUGGAGAGAAGUUUGACAGCCUCAGUGAACUGGUGGACUUCUAUCGCAAGAACCCAAUGGUGGAGACAACGGGCACUGUGGUGCAUCUCAAGCAGCCGUUCAAUGCGACCCGCAUCAAGGCAUCCACCAUUGAGAACCGCGUCAAGCAGCUCUCCAAGGAGAAUGGCCAGAACAGCGGCAAGGCUGGCUUCUGGGAGGAGUUUGAGCAUUUGCAACAGCAGGAGUGCAAAAAUCUCUACAGUAGGAAAGAUGGACAGAGGCCUGAGAACCGGGCUAAGAACCGCUACAAGAACAUACUGCCAUUUGAUGCAACAAGAGUGCACCUGCAAGAUGUGGACCCUGACACCCCGUACUCAGACUACAUCAAUGCAAACUACAUAAAGGUAGAUGACGAUUCCAUUUUUGAUGGCCAUAGCAAAGUGUACAUAGCAACACAGGGCUGCCUACAGAACACCAUUGGCGACUUCUGGUCCAUGGUCUGGCAAGGAAACACCAGGGUUAUUGUAAUGACUACAAAGGAAGUUGAAAGGGGAAAGCCCAAGUGUGUGCGGUACUGGCCAGAUGAAGGUCAGAUGAAAGAGUAUGGGAAAUACUGCCUGCAGCAUAUCGCCGAGUCAUCCAAUGCAGACUACACAUUAAGAGAGUUUGCCAUGUCAAAAAAUGGUGAGUCCGAGACGAGGAGUGUCUUCCACUACCACUUCACUGCCUGGCCGGACCAUGGAGUGCCGUCUGACCCUGGCUGUGUGCUGAACUUUCUCCAUGAUGUGAACCAGCGACAAGAAUCCAUGCCUGAUGCUGGACCAAUUGUGGUGCACUGCAGUGCUGGGAUUGGCCGUACGGGCACAUUUAUUGUCAUCGACAUGAUCGUGGACCUAAUCAAGAAACAAGGGCUGAGUUGUGAGAUUGACAUCCAGCGGACAAUUCAGAUGGUGCGCAUGCAGAGGUCUGGCAUGGUGCAGACUGAGGCCCAGUACAAGUUUGUGUACUUGGCUGUGGAACACUACAUUGAGACACUGCAGCAGCGAAUGCAGGCUGAACAGAAGAGCAUCAUGCUGGGCCGGGAGUACACCAACAUCAAGUAUUCUGGGGAGCUGCCAGCAGCAGUUGAGAGCGCAACACAUGGCCGGGGCACUCUUCCUGUUACCAGCAGUCCGGCCCCACUGGACAGCAGCUGCAAGAAGCCCGCUGUGCUUCCCCGCUCGUUUCUCACGGACAGUAGUGUCCCCAAGCCACCAACAGAAAUGCCCCGGCAGAUGUACGAGAACAUUCCGCUUCAAGAGAGGAAGUCGCCUGUGGGACCACCCCCAGCUUUCGCGCCACCACCACCGCCACCAAAAAAGUCGUGACAGCAUUUAAUUCCGUAGAUGCGGCCGCAAGGAGCUCCCAGCUAGCAUGGACGACACUAGUCUUAAAUGGUUUCUCUCUCCCCCUUUGUGUCUCUCCUGUCCGCUAGCAUGUCUUCCGUAUAAGGUGUUCAAGUCUCUGUUGUCCCUCUCUCACUUUCUAGAUGUCUUGUACACAAGGCCUCUGCUUCGUGUGCAAACUGAUGUGAUAGUGCAACAACUGCUUCCGUGUGUGCUGCUCACCUUUGCUUUGUGUGAUACACUCCUCAUCUGUAUGGAUAAGUACAAAUCAAUAUUGAUGCUUUUUACUUUUGGAAGCCUCCUGACUUCUGUCUAAUGCCUAUCCGAUAUGUGUGCACCAUGGAAAGCUAUUGCUGUUGAACUCGUUAGUGACAAUGGAAGCCACUGCAGUAGCAGAGAGCCCUGGAGCAACUCGGUGGCAAUUAUUUCACAUUUGAAUGCAGCUUGUGUUCAGUGCAGAUGGGCUCCACUAAGCUUGACAGUGACCACAAAGGCCACACGUGUCAGGCCGGAUUUACACCGCCGUGAAACCUCGCAUCUCGUCGUGGCUCAUGAGGCAGCACUUCCUCACCCGUUUCUCCUGAAAAAUGACAUGCCAGUGACUCUGAUCAAUGCUCUUUAAGGGCCCCUCACCAGGCAUUUUGGUUAUAUGCUGGAAGUUGUGUGCCCUUUGGGGAGCAUUCUACCUCAAGAAUUUUUCAAAUUGGUUCAUUAAUAGCCAAGAUCAAAAUAUUUCAGUGCCGCGAACCCAUGAUUUCAGGAGGCGAGUGUCACCGCCACCCUCUUCACUUUCUAGCCUCCGCAAGCAAAAUUCCUUCCCUGUAUUCUCCCAUACCGAACCUGGAGGAUCACGUGACGCAUGUCAUGGGCACCGCCUUUUUUUCUCGCUUUCUUGUUGCGCGUCAGACUUCUACUGACGAUCCUCACACGCGAGCUGUUGCAUUUGUCUUGUUUUGCGCAGCGCACAAUUUUGCGUGCACACCCGACUAGCGGUAUACGUCAGCGCUACACGAACACUGGUAAGCACAAGCGGAUCACAGAGCAUGAUCGUGUGCUGGAACACGGUAGAAAAUGACAGUUUCGUUGUGAGCGUGCGGGACUGCACAACGUGGGAACAAUCAGACGAAACGGAAGUACAUCUCUCUUGCUGCAGUGCAAAGUACAACAAUGACAUGUAGACAUUCGGUUUUAUUAUUUCUCGAAAGUUUAAUUUGUCUAUUGAAGCAACAGAUUAAACAAAUUACUGAUGUUGCCUUGAAUAAUUCUUGAAGUCGCAUGUCACUACGAGCGACGUCACAGCAUUGUGAUCUACGUGGGCGCAUUAGUGGGAUAUAUGUUGACUCUCCGGCUGGGAGCGCGGCGCCCGCAAAGAGAAGGGCGUUUGCUUUGAAAUGUAAGCUCUUUCCACGGCACGUAGCGAGGUCAUACUUAGCAGACACGAUCAUUAGUGCGCAUUGUCUGCACUGCACUUGUCAGCUCAAAAUGGCCAGACCUGGCGAGGGGCCCUCAGUGGUAUUUCAUUUUUGAGGUGAAGCCAGCAAAGAAACGCCAUCUCGUGAUGGAUGCUGGUGCGGCAAUGGUAACGGGACAGGCGUUUGAUGGCGGCUGUGUGAAUCGGGCUUCAAUCAGGUUAAUGCAUAACUGGUGCAAUUGUGGCCCUCUUUUAAGAAUAUUGUCUUCUCAAAUUAUUUCCAGUGGGGGCCAGUCUUGAAGCUUUGUGAGCAAGCAACAAAUGACUUGGAAAAGGUCUACACAGAAUUGACAGCUGUUACAAGAUGCAUGAAAGCUGUUUGCAUUUCAGUUCAUCUGUGAUUGGGAAGUUUUAUCAAGCUGCACUGCAAUGUGAUUAACAUAUAAUUAUCGGGUGCGUUAAAGGGGACCUCCAGUACAGACACUGAAUAGUAUUAGGGAAAGCUGCAUCAUGUCUCGUUUGGUGUCGAACUUUUCAAGUAAUUAUAUAACCUGUAGUGCGAAUGACAUGUGAGGAAUUUGCUCUGCUGAUUGAAAUGAAAUGCUGGCACUGGAAUUCCAUGUCCACUAGAAAAUGUUUUCAGAAUGGCUAGAAAAGUUUGCGUUUUCACAUCACAAAACUCUAUAUUGUGUUUGCAUGAAUGCAACAUGACCAUUUACUAUUGAUGCAGGUUUGGAUUCUUGAGCUGAUGAUUUUCAAAGAAGCAGUAGUAUUGAAAUUUUGAUGUGACCUAGCACUGUGCACAGCUACUUAAAAAAGUGUAAACUAGUGGUUGUGCAAAAUUAUAGUCGGGUACACCUUAACAAGGCAGGAGAGGCCCCACCCAGAUGUGUCCGAAGCGCAGCAACCGACUGCCUCCACGACUAAAGAAAUAGUCCCUCUGAUGUGACUCGGCCCAGUUUGAAGCGUGGGCUGCCAUAUUCUUCGGCAGCGGCGACACCGGCCGUCCGGCUAUGACGUCAGUCCAUAGUGCGCGCCCAUUAAGUGGAGGCUUCUGUGUGCAUCUGCCUUUGAGGGGCAAAUGCCGCUGCCUUCUUAAGUUGUACCCGACUAUAGUGUCCAUUUUGUUUCGUAGCUUCUCAUUGCUACCUGGAUGACCACUGCUCAUGUUGCAUGCCAGCAGAGAAGUCCACUCUUCAGGAGUGGCAUUACUUUAAAGAUAGCUUGUCUCCAUAAACUUUUUGGUGGUUAGCAUAGCCGGGGGUAAGGACGCUGCUGAUUGCACAAAUGAAUAUGGCUGUGCGCUUUGUAGAAUACCCAGCAGCAUGCCAUUUUAUGAUGGUGGGAAUGGGGCAGUCCCACUUGUACGGAUGUUCAAAUGAUGGUGCUGAUGGAUGACUACACUUACUGGUUCUCUAGCACAGUUAUUGUCCCAGGGACAUUUUCAUAUUGCAUUCCAGAAUUGAGUCUCACUGAGGUAGCCCCAUUUUCUGAUGACAUAUGAUUUUAAAACGGCCACACAGUGUGUUACUGAAAUGAAUUGUAACAAUAGCGGACAUGCACAUAGCAUUGGAAACAUGGGGGACAAUUUGCACUGCUAACAAUUCAAGUGACAUCACAACUAUGGUUUCGAACGGAACCCAAAGCGAUAUUCUUUGAAUGUGCCCGAACCUGAACCAUAGCUGAACCAAAAGAAAAUAACAGUUACAGUUUCAUGCCGAACCGGUGAAAGCAUACAGGGUGCUCACUGGCAUAUAUGUCAUUUAUGGGUGCUCAAUCGAUGAGUGACUCUUUGAAAUAAUUAUUUCUUCAGUCGGCACACCCCACUAGCUGAUUGUUAUGACUCUCGAUUUGCAUUGUGUGCAAGAAUGCAGAUGGACCUAAGCAGAGACGCUUGCACUUCCAAACUCGGCAAUGCUAGUUCUGUCCCACGGGCAAAACUGUUUCAGGGGCUCCGCAGAAUCACCGUUUCUGUUGAAGCUCUCAAUUUGGCAGUUAUAGGUCAGCUUGCUACUAUUACUAGAUAAAACCGUAAAACUCGCAUGCCGGGAUACACGGAGAGCAAAAAUGACGAGAUGGGAAAAUAGGAAAACCAACGAUGUGGCUUCUUGUAUCAAUAACAUUUCCGUUUCUAAUAUGAAUGCAGUCACCAUCUUAGUGCGCAGCAGCAACAGCGCUUAACGGUGCGGUUAUUGUGCUUUUUGUUGCAUGCCAUGGUUCAACAUUCAUUUGGUGCUUCCAAGCAGAUUACUGCGCUCUUUGAUUUUUCAAAUCUUUCCUGGAGCGCAAUGUGUGUGAUUUGGACUCCACAUUUAAUCAGUACAAGACUGCGCAAGAAAGAAUGUCAUGAUAUUUCGCACCAACUGUUCAUCAUUCAGAAACAUCAAUGUCCUCACUUGCUUUUAUUUUUUAAAUAGAAAACUCAACGAGAUGUCAAUUGCUAGCUUCUUUCUUUUCUAUACUACACAGCCUACAAACUAGAAGUGUGGAGUUGUAAUUUAUGUUAUACAAUGUGACUGUCAUGCUCUCUGCCACAAAGAAAAAGUGUAAAAGAAAGAAAAUGGAUACAGUAUAGAACAACGCCGCCACUGUUCGCGUUGUGAGCAUCUCAAUGCCUGGAUCUAUGCUGCAUCCUCAAGGCAAGUUCUUGUACUAUAACAGUGGCAACAACAGUUCUUGAAGUAUACAGGGAAAAAGACUGGUGCAAAAACAGAGAUGCCCACAAACAGCCAUCAAAUAAGCAUGUCUCCUCUUAGGCAGCCUAUGAAUUUGCUGCCUCAAUUUAGACAAAGCAAUUGAAUAUUUGACCCAUCUCAACGCAUUUGCAUUCUGUCAAAAUGAUGUGCGAUGCUGUAGUAUUGCCUUUAGACUCUUGCAACGAGCACUACACUCUACUAAAUGCAUCCGGGACAUGCCCUUCCCCCUUUUCAUUACUUUUAUUGUUAUUGUGCACCAGAUGUGUCUGUAUUGUAUCACAUCUAGUGUACACGUAUCAAAUGUAAACAAGCCUUUUGUUGCCGAACAGACUCCAUGAAACUUUUCGUUUCAGUUUUCUUUUUUUUUUAGAAAUUGUGAGUAUACGAUAUCCAAUUGUUUUUCUCAAAUAUUCAUAUUCGAUUAGAAAAUUUCGCUAUUUGAACGCCCUGAUGAAUUUCUACUGUGGCCAUGGGCCAGGGAGCCCAUUUCUUCCACCCCCUGACAAAACCUGCUUGUGCACCGUGCGGCCACAUUAAUAUAGUACUUUCUAGCUUGUCGACAUCAUAGGGCAAGAUAAUAUUUACUGUGCCGAACCGAUUCGCAAACCAGUUUGCCAAUCGUUCCAAAAUUUUAUUUCUUUGAACCUAACUGGAACGAAAUCUGAGCGUGUUGAACCCGAGCUCGAACCAAAUCGCUAUUUUUUAAGUUUGACACCCUGAUCACAGCCACCAAAGGCUCUUGCACCAAGUGUUGCUCCUUUUAGCAAACGUAGUGUUCUGAUGUUGGAAGCUGGGCUAGUAUUGCAGCACCUUAGAACCUACAAAAGAAGACUGGGCAGUGCUGUCGCUGGAAAUGCCCCGUAAGCACAGUGGUGAGAUGAUUGUGACGCUGUCUAUACUGCAGGGCAAGCCAAAGUGCCGGAAGCAUAGCCUGCUUUUUAUUGAGGCUUGUCCACGAGGGUUAGCACACAUCCAGUUUCACUCAACCUGGGGUAUUGAAUCUUAGAUUUGUAGUCGCAAAGCUUUUUCAAUAACUAGAGCUGCUUGACCUUGACAAGUGGUCAUAAACUUGCAGUCGGGGCUUUACAGUAUAGGUGGUGUUCAAAACAUGUCCAUAAUGCGCUUCUGUCACAAAAGCAUGGCGUUCGAGGUUACUCUUAGAAAUGCAAUGUUGUAGAAAGCCACCUCUGUUAGCAGUUGCUGUAGCUUGCCUUUCUGCCAUGCAAAGUACUUCUGCUGACACUGACCUUAGGACACCACUUACAAACCGGUGCUUUGUUCACAUUUGUUGAUGUAUUGCAUGUACAAUAAGACACCAGUGACAGAAAUUUAUGAAAUAUGCCGCCUCAUACUCGGUCUACAUUUGUUGAAUGUUGGGCUUUCGCAGAGCACUAGUAUGCACGUGUAUUGCGUGCAUUUGAAUUAGAAAUAUUUUAGGAGGACUUGUUUAGGACCUAUAGUACUUGGUGCCAACUUCAAUGUUCAAUACAAACUAUGCCCACAACACCCUCUGCUGUUCCAAAACAAUUCAUGAGGGCCACCAGUACUCUAGUUUGCUUCUGCCAUGGCAUCACGUGAAUGAGCGAAUAUAGUUGGCUGGUGUACUUGCCACUGCAUUAUUGGGUUGUCAUAAACUAUAGUUGGUGCAUAGUCAGUAAAGCACGACUGCAGGCACUAUGCGAGAAAGGGGGCACAGUCUGUCUCCUCAUACGCAAUAGUUAAUUUAUUGAAUUGAUGCUCCUCGGUUUUUGUCAUCUUCCUUUCCUGUAACAGCUAGGUGCUCAUUAUGGGUGCCCUCAGAUGAGGGUAGUGUGUAGUGUCUGUAGUUAUGCAUUAUUGUAAGUGAACUUGUUCAUAGUGUAAUGUGGCAUGUUAUUUCCUGUUGACCACAUGCUGCUACCCUUGACCUGCCCUGUAGAUGACUGUUUUCUGAGAAACAUGCUUACUAUGGUUGUCUGCUGGUUUAGUGGGGUAUUCACGCCCACUUACGAAAACGGACUACACAAAAUACUGAAAACACAUAACUUACCUGCCAAUACCUGCUGCACAGUUACACUAUUUGUUUGGUUUAGUUGCUUCUUUAGGGUUUCCUAUAAAUGGUGUGGGCACUAUUCAUUUGCUCAGACCUUGUAUCCAAAGCACUAACACUUGCUGUGUAAUGCAACCAGUACAGUAUUUGCCUUGUGACUAUUUUGUUGUUGAAUUUUCUAUAGGAUGAAAUGCAGUUUGUUGUAUGAUAGUUCCAUUACAACCAACACAAGCGCACAACUGACUUUUCAGGGUGAGUGACAGCAACACAGUGAUGUGAGUAGUAUUUGUGAACUUGGUCUCUUUGUUCCAGUGGCUAUUACUCUUUGAUUGACUGAGUGGCAUACUGUUCCAAAAGGCUGAUUUUCACCGAAUGCUAGAACCUGUGUUCGUCAACAGGCUGUGGAAAGGCUGAAUGGCUUCUUUGUUAGCGCAUAAAAAUUGUGCUUCAUUGACCAUCUUAUUCUCAGUAUCCAUGUUAGGAGUGGUACAGUCUGGAACAGAUCAUGUCAGAUCUCCAAAAAGUUUCCCUUAUCAUAGACACUGAUUGUACCUAUAUGUAUGACCACGGAGUAUUCAGUCAGUAACAAUAAUGUACAGAGCCUGUAUAUAUGUUGUUUGCAGUAUGAAAGCAUGAGCUCAGUUUGGUUUGAGGUGUCCAUAUAAGAAGCUGCUUUCAAGCAUAAAUGGGACAUGCUGUCAGCCCAUUUCAUGUUUGUUCAUCUUAGUGAGCUUGAUUCAUUGUUCUGUUGCUAUAAACUGUAACAGUCAAUGAGAAAACAAACCAAAUGGGGCCCCACAUGGUUUUUUGUUCUUGUUCCUAGGAGCACUGCGUGGUGUUGUCUUGGCACCAGCUUGCUUUGUACUCAGCAAAAAUAGGGUGUUUGCCUUGAAGACUCUGCAGUGCAUUGUUCGUCACCAGUGCAGCUGUACAGCAUUUUGUUUAAUGGUAGCACAGCUCUGGUGUGCACUACAUGUUCUCGUGGAUGCGUUGUCUAUAGAAGUGCAUUGUUGAGCCUCGUACAAGCAGCUUUUAGCAAGUAGUGCCCUUUUAAUGUUCACGGUGCUUCCCUCUUGUUGGGCUGUUGAGAGCGAAAGCUGUUUGCCGUCCAGUUUGUUUGGCCAUGGCUUAUCUGCAACACAAUAAAAAACAUAAAAGGCCAGCUGCAUCUCGAGCCAUUCCUGAUGACCAGGACAUACGGCAUCACCAUGAAUACCUUCCAACUAUCCCAAUCAUGUUGAGCUACUGUGCUUGUGGGUCAUGCUGUUUACGUGCUUUCUUGCUUCCCCAGUUCAGCAUGUCAUGUUCUCUUGCCAUCAUUUGUGCAGUACUUGGGAUGGCCUAGUGCCCUGGACAUGAACUGAAAACUUUUACUGCGCCAUUGAGGGAAGACCUAUCAGUGGCUUAAACAUGAUGUUACACAAAUUUUGUAUGCCAGUUUUUUGUUCAGAACAUGCUGUGAUUGAGCAUGGUGAAAAGGACAGUAUCUGAAUGUAUGUACCACAAAUAUAUUCUGUCAAAUAGAA